AUGCAGGAAAACAACAGCUUUAUCAUUGAAGAUGUCAACCUUUUCGAUGGCUAUAAAUUUGUAGCUGAUGGGUAUAUUGUUGUUCGGCGUGGGCUCAUCGCCGCAGUUGGCUGUACAAACCGAGAUGUGCCGUCUGAACAGGACUUCCCCCGCUUCUCUCGUCCAGGACAUACACUUAUUCCAGGACUAAUUGAUGCCCAUAUCCACGCCAUGCCUAUCCCAGGUGAUAUUCACGACUGUGUUGAGCAAUCGCUAAGGUUCGGCGUCACAACGGUUUGCGACAUGCAUAGCGAGGUGGAAGACAUCGAACAACUCAAAAAGAACACGCAGUCGACAAGUGAUUCACAGAAUAAGGAUAAAUACGCCGAUUAUAAGUUCUCCGGAAUUGGAGCUAUUAUCGACGGAGGAUGGCCAAUUCCUGUGAUGAAGAAGGGAUUCUCGUCUCAUCCACACUGUGAUCAACUGGUCCACAACAUAGUCUCGAAAUGGCCUUUAUUGAAAUCUCCAGCCGACGCCGAACCUUUCGUGCAAUUACAAGUCAACAAGCAUGGCGCAUCGUAUAUCAAGUUGUUCCAUGAGCUGGGGGAUAGCCUGGGUAUGAACGACCUUCCGCGACCCUCGAUGGACAUACAGAAGGCUGUGGUAGAGGCCGCUCACAAUGCAGGAGUCAUCGCUGUUGGCCACGCUUUGAGCUACGCUGGCGCAAAGGACCUCCUCGACGCUGGAGUCGACGGCCUUACCCAUUGUUUCCUCGACAAGCCGCCGAGCGAUGACUUCAUUGACAUCAUGCUAACACGCAAUAUCCAUUGUAACCCUACUUUGGUACUGUGUGCAUCGCAGACUGUUGAGCGGCAGGAGUGGCAGCGAGAAUUUAGAAAAGAUCCUCUGGCUGAUCGCAUGAUGUUGCGUAAGUCUGAAGACCAGCCUCUAGGACUAGCGGAAACACAGAAACCUAGAGUUAGGGUUCAAAAUGCCUACGAAACAGCCAGAAAGAUGUACCAGGCGGGCAUUACUUUGGUAGCUGGAAGUGAUGCUGGCGGUCAGGAGUUUGGCGUGGCCUAUGGCCUCGGUAUGCAUAUUGAGAUGUAUCUGCUCAAGCAUGAGCUUGGAAUGACACUCGAAGAUGUGCUCAAGGCGGCCACCUCUAAUGUGGCCAAACGGUUUGGAUUCAGCGAUAGGGGCGAAAUUGCAGUUGGGAAGAAGGCCGACUUUGUUCUUCUUAAGGGAGAUCCUGACUCGGUGCUGUCAGAUAUACAACAACGCUGUCUCCCAAUUGGGGGCGUCUGGAGGGACGGUGUCCUAGCCAAUGUCUACGAUGAACGGUUUCCUGAGCUUUCAUCAAAGAGAGCUAAAGAUUAG